AUAUGAUACCAAAUAUGUUUUAAAUACACCUACUUCUUUCAUGUGUUUUCAUGUUAUAUUUCAAAAUAUUGCUGAAUAUACUUUAAAAAUAUACAAAAGCAGGUUAACGUGUGGGAGGCGCUUUCCUUAUUGGUUCUCUCGUUCUUUUACCAAACUAUAAAACAGGCAUACAUUUGGAAAUCUGUAUACUGCAACUGAAGUUAAAGAAAACUAGUGACAAUGAAGGCUGUAGUAAUACUCAUCUGUCUGUUCAUGACAGUAUGUGGAAUGGGUAUUCAAAAGAGAGAUGCCGAUCUUGGAGAAAUAAAUAGUGACAAUGAUGAUUUAGCCAUUGAUUCCCUAAUGAAUUAUCUCAGGAAAAGGUGGAGCAUAGGCAGUGGCAACAAAGGAAAUAAUAACCAAGCAAACAACAACAACAACAUUGGUAAUUCGCAUGAAGAAAAUAAUAAAAAUACACAUGUAGCCGGGAUAGGAAAUAUUGGUGACUUUGGAAAGAAACGUGGCUGGUCAAAUGAGGAUAAAAGAUGGAGUAUAGGAAGUGGCAACAAAGGAGAUGGUAAUCAAGCAAACAACAACAAAAACAUCGGUAAUUCUCAUGUAGAAAAUAAUAAAAAUACACAUGUAGCGGGAAUAGGCAAUAUGGGAGAUUUUGGAAAAAAACGUAGCUGGUCAAAUGAGGAUAAAAGAUGGGAUAUAGGCAGUGCCAACACAGGACAUGGUAAUCAAGCAAACAACAACAACAACAUCGGUAAUUCAUAUGAAGAAAAUAAUAAAAAUACACAUGUAGCGGGGAUAGGAAAUAUCGGAGACUUUGGAAAAAAACGUAGCUGGUCAAAUGAGGAUAAAAGAUGGGAUAUAGGCAGUGGCAACACAGGUAAUGGGAAUCAAGCAAACAACAACCAAAACAUCGGUAAUUCGUAUGAAGAAAAUAAUAAAAAUACACAUGUAGCAGGGAUAGGAAAUAUCGGAGACUUUGGAAGGAAACGUGACUGGAAUAUUGGAAGUGGAAAUACAGGCAAUCAUAAUUCUGCAAAUGGCAAUAGUAACAUCGGCAAUAGCGAGAAGUAUGAUGACAAGAAUACAAAUGUAUAUGGCGUCGGAAAUAUCGGAGACUUUGGAAGAAAACGUGACUGGUCUUAUGAAGGUAAACGAUGGAGUAUAGGAAGUGGCAACAAAGGGAAUGGUAAUACUGCAAAUGACAACAGCAACAUUGGUAAUUCGUAUGAAGAGAAUAAUAAAGAUACAAAUGUUAUAGGAGCUGGAAAUUUCGGAAACUUUGAUGGGAAACGAUAAAUAAGGGUAAGAAGAGAAGAAAGGACAUUAACACAAGUCACCUUUUGUUUUGCGUGAGAUGUGAAUAUAUCAUAUAUUACUAAACAAUUUGCAUGUACACCACGUUCAUUAUAUGUAGAUACUCUAACAGAAAUAUUUUAGAUUUAUGUUUUAUAUUAUAACGUAUAUUUUUAGUAAAUAAAGUGUUAGUUUUUCCCGAAUCGAUUUGUCUUCAUAAAGAACACUAUCUUUUUCAAUGAUUUUACGGUAUUUCAUUGUGUCCACUUUUUAUUCAACAGUAGUAAUUUCCCUACUCAAUAAGAUAUAGAGCAUAACGUGUGUAAUACGAUUGAGAUGUCAGAUAUGGCUAUGAAAUAUUUUUAUAAAAGGUAACCCAAGAAAAGAGCAACUGCAAUCCAUUUUAAAGUAAAAUGACAGUUUUAAAUCUGUAAAUGUUUUCGUUCUUACGAUAAAUCUUUAAUAUUUGUUAAUUCUACGGAUACUUGAGUUUAUUUUAUUACACAGAUCAAUCAUGUGAGUAAAAUGUCAAAUGUGUGCGCAAUUUCAUGUACAUCAAUAGUAAUUGCUUCUCGAUUAGAAAUCAAUACACACUUGUCAAUUUUGAAAUUAAAAGUUUUUUAUGAAAUAAAAGAAAAAGUUGUUCUCAAUUGUGUAUUUAUUAAAAAAAAAGAUAUUGCCCAUCCAAAGCCAAUAUUAUUUUCCUUUGUCUCUUUCCUUUAAAAUGUUAAUUGCAUUAUGGAAUGAUAAGAUGAUUGUUUUUUAUUUCUUGAAACUACAGGCAAAAUGUUGAAAAUUAAAGGAGAAUUGGAACAUAACGUUUUAUAAUUUUCAUUGGCCUAAAACCUAAAACAAAGAGUGAGAAUAGACCAAAUGACUAAACACAAAUUUUCGUUACAUGUACUAUGACAUUUAAAUAAUAGUCAAAUGAACUAAUCUGAGAAAGAUACACUAAUACAUUACACUGUUUGAAUAGUUUUGUUUGCAUAAGAUAUA